CGAUUUGCAGCAGGCACAGGUCCGUUGGUGGCGUGCUACUCUUCUCUCUUCGUGGUCCCUGGCCCAGUGUCUAAUGGAGCUUUCUUACCAGACUCUCAAACUCACUCACCAGGCGCGGGAGGCGGGCAGCUCAGGAGAGUUCAUCUGGGACAGACCUGAGGUAGGCAGCAGGUGCUGGAGCAGCAGCUGAGAGCUCACAACUCAACAGCUCCCUGUGACACACCUUCUCCAGUGUGGCCACAUCUCCUCUUUUUCAAGCAGUUCUACCAGUUCGGGAUCAAGUAGUUAAACAUACGAGCCUAUGGGAGCUAUUCUUACUCAAACCACCACAAUAAGUACGAGAUGAGAACAGAAGCACGGCGAAAAAAUCUUCUCAUUCUGAUUUUGCAUUACUUAACACAAGAAGGCUACAUGGAUGCAGCUAAGGCUUUGGAGGAGGAGACCAAACUGGGAUUACGGCGCUUUGAAGUUUGUGACAACGUUGACCUGGAAACUAUUUUGAUGGAAUAUGAGAGCUAUUAUUUUGUAAAGUUCCAGAAGUACCCCAAAGUGGUUAAGAAGGCCCCGGACCCAGUGGAAAAUAAUUUACCGUCACGAAGUGGAGGGAAGAACAAAAGGCUGACGAAUGACAGUUGUCAAAAUCUCCCCAAGAUAUGUCACCAGAAGUCACGACCUAAAACUUCAGCAGUGAAGACAGGGGACACCAAAUCUGUCAAGGAACACCUUAAACAGGUCAAGGAGAGUGUCACUGACACUCAAGCAGAGAGCACUGACUUCGGCCUGAACAUAUCAAAAAUCCACAAAGACCAGCCAGAGGAAAAGGCCCAACCACGAAGAGGCCAAAUCAUUGACUUCCGAGGACUGCUCUCAGACGCUAUCAAAGGAGCCACAAGUGAAUUUGCAUUGAACACCUUUGAAUGUAACCCAGACCCUUCAGAGCGAUUGCUGAAACCUCUGAGUGCAUUUAUUGGCAUGAACAGUGAGAUGCGAGAACUGGCAGCGGUGGUGAGCCGGGACAUUUAUCUCCAUAAUCCCAACAUAAAGUGGAAUGACAUUAUUGGACUGGACGCAGCCAAGCAGCUAGUCAAAGAAGCCGUUGUGUACCCAAUAAGAUACCCGCAGCUCUUCACAGGAAUUCUUUCCCCGUGGAAAGGACUGCUGCUUUACGGCCCCCCAGGCACAGGGAAGACUUUGCUGGCCAAAGCGGUGGCCACCGAAUGCAAAACCACCUUCUUUAACAUUUCUGCAUCCACUAUUGUCAGCAAAUGGAGAGGAGAUUCCGAAAAACUGGUCCGGGUGCUGUUUGAACUUGCGCGAUAUCAUGCCCCCUCCACGAUCUUCCUGGAUGAGCUGGAGUCGGUGAUGAGUCAGAGAGGCAUGGUUCCUGGGGGGGAACAUGAAGGGAGCCUUCGGAUGAAGACGGAGUUACUGGUGCAGAUGGAUGGCUUAGCACGCUCGGAGGAUCUCGUGUUUGUCUUAGCAGCCUCAAACCUGCCAUGGGAGCUGGACUGUGCCAUGUUGCGGCGCCUGGAGAAGAGGAUUCUGGUUGAUCUCCCCAGCCAAGAGGCCAGACAAGCCAUGAUCUACCACUGGCUGCCGCCUGUGAGCAAGAACCAUGCCCUGGAGCUACACACACAGCUGGAGUACAGCGUGCUGAGCCAGGAAACAGAGGGCUACUCAGGCUCCGACAUUAAGCUGGUCUGCAGGGAGGCAGCCAUGCGGCCUGUGCGAAAGAUCUUCAGUGUGCUUGAAAACAACCAGUCAGAGAGCAACAAUUUACCUGGGAUCCAGCUGGACACUGUGACCACACAGGACUUUCUGGAUGUUUUGGCUCACACCAAGCCUUCAGCAAAGAAUCUGACCGAGAGAUACUUGGCCUGGCAAGAGAAGUUUGAGUCUGUAUAAAGCUGUGCCCAGCCUGACCUGGCCAGAGGCAGCCGAGAGCCUCCCCAGCGUGACUGGGAUGGAAGGGAGGAAGUUAUCCUUGAGAGCUGGACUCAUUUGGACAACUGUGUUCCUUUGGAAACAUGAGCUCUCGUGUCAUGGAUGUCAGCAGAGUGAAGAUUUCAGCAGUGAGUGUGUGCUGUUGGGUCAGGCAAUAGAGGUUUUUUUCACAAUUUGAUUAUAAAAUUUUGAAGAAGUUUCCUGUGUUUCUCCUCAUUUGUGAACUGAGAUCUUCAUUUUGAAGAAAAAUGUUUUCUUAGUCUCUAUUCUUAAUUUCUUUCUUGUAAGACAUCCUCAAGUUUGUCAGAUACCAUCAGUAUCCUCCCCUCCUCCCUCCCUUCCUUCCUUCCUUCCUUCCUUCCUUCCUUCCUUCCUUCCUUCCUUCCUUCCUUCCUUCCUUCCUUCCUUCCUUCCUUCCUUCCUUCCCUCUUUCCCUCCCUCCCUCCCGAGGCCCUGUAGACCAGGCUGGCCUUGACUUCAGAGAUCCACCUGCCUCUGCUGGGACUAAGAGUGCUGCCCUAACCCAGCUGGCCGUAUGCUUUUCUAACUGGCUGAAUGCCCCGUGUAACUCUCUGUUCUCCCCACUGCCUGCUCCAGGGAAAGCAGACCACCGUAGAACCAUAACCAUCCCUCCUUUCCGCCCCUCUCACCCUAGCUGACCACCACGAUCACUGCCUUGCCCUCACAGGUACUGUCCUCAAGGCCUUAACCGCUGCUUCCCCAGAGAAUUUCCAGAAGGAAAACCUCCAUCCCUCCUGGCUACUCGGGGUUCUGGAGUCCCGCUAGUUUGUCAGCUAAUUUUUCAGCCACUUGACUUUCAGCCCUGCCUUACAUUUCCCUCUACACAGUCGCUCAAAGAUUCCAGUUUUGGAGAGUGUUCUGAAGGAUAGAGUACGGAUGUAGUUUGUUUGGUUUUUGCCUUUGAUACCCAGUUUGGUUAUUUAGAAACCCACUUUGAGUCUUCCAGUGUUAACAUCGUCUCACCCGCAUCCUCUUACUUUCUGAUCUUGUGGGCUUAUGACCUCUCUAUUUCCUUCAUUUUAGUGGAGGUUUGAGAAAGAGAUCAACUCGUACACAAAUUUACUGUAGACUACCUACAGUUACUUGUUCUUUGUGUGAGUGAAUGUCACAUGUGUACAGAUGCCAUGGAGGCCAGAAGACUGUGUCAGCUCGUCUGGAUCACCUGUAGCUGGAGUUACAGGCAGUUGCAAGACGUUGUGUACUGAACUCAUGUCCUCUAAAAGAAUGCAAAUGUUCUUAACCAACUGAACCAUCUCUCCUGCCCUGAUUUACUAAUUAAAUGUAUUCUUUGACAGUU